UGUUAGAAUUCUGAGGAAGAGAAACUCAGACAGUCGUGGUGACAGAGCGGUGAAAUGGCAGGAGUUCAGCUGCACAGAGAAAACAUCUCUUGUUCCAUCUGUUUGGAACUUCUGAAGGAUCCGGUGACUCUUACCUGUGGACACAGCUUCUGUAUGAACUGUAUUAAAGACCACUGGGACUCAGAGGAGCAGAGGAAGAGCUACAGCUGCCCUCAGUGUAGAAAGAUCUUCACACCGAGGCCUGAACUGUUAAAAAAUGUCAUGUUAGCAGAUUUAGUGGAGGAGCUGAAGAAGACUGGACUCCAGGCUGCUCCUGCUCAUCACUGCUAUGCUGGAGCUGAAGAUGUGGUCUGUGAUUUCUGCACUGGCAGGAAACGUAAAGCUCUCAAGUCGUGUUUGUUUUGUUUGGUCUCUUACUGUGAGGAACAUCUCCAGCCUCAUCAUCAAUUACCUGCAUUUAAGAGACACAAGCUGGUGGAGCCGUCCAAGAACCUCCAAGAGAACAUCUGCCCUCGUCACGAUGAGGUGAUGAAGAUGUUCUGCCGCACUGAUCAGCAGUGCAUCUGCUCUCUCUGCUCUGUGGACGAACAUAAAGACCACGACACAGUCACAGCUGUAGCAGAGAGGACGCACAAGCAGAGAGAGCUGGAUCUGAGUCGAGAAGACGUCCAGCAGAGACUCCAGGACAGAGACAGAGACGUGAAGGUGCUUCAACAGGAGAGGAAGACUCUCACUCUCUCUGCUGAUAAAGCUGUGAAGGACAUAGACGAGAGCUUCACUGAGAUGAUGCGUCUCCUGCAGAGGCGAAGCUCUGACGUGAAGCAGCAGAUCAGAUCCAAGCUGGAAACUGAGGUGAGACGAGUCAGAGACGUCGAGGAGAAGCUUCAGCAGGAGAUCACUGAGCUGAAGAAGAGAGAAGCUGAACUGAAGCAGCUCUCACUCACACACGACCACAACCAGUUUCUCCUCAACUACCUCUCACUGUCAGCACUCAGUCCAUCGGCACACUCGUCCACCAUCAACGUCCGUCCUCUGAGACACUUUGAGGAUGUGACUGCGGCUGUGGCAAAGGUCAGAGGUCAACUGCAGGACGUCCUGACCGAGACAUGGACAAACAUCUCACUGGCUGUGGCUGAAGUAGAUGUUUUACUGACAGAACCAAUGACCAGAGCUAAAUCCUUCAGAUAUUCAAAGGAAAUCAAACUGGAUCUAAACACAGUAAACACACAUCUGUUAUUAUCUGAGGGAAACAGAAAAGUGACAUUUAUGAAGAAAGCUCAGUCUUAUCCUUGUCACACAGACAGAUUCACUGGUUAUCCACAGGUCCUGAGUAAAGAGAGUCUGACUGGACGUUGUUACUGGGAGGUGGAGUGGGCAGGAAGAGGAGUUUGUGUGGCAGUGACGUACAAGACCAUCAGCAGAUCAGGGAGAUCACAUGAAUGUGGACUUGGAUUAAAUGACAAAUCUUGGGCUUUAGUUUGUGACCAAAACAGUUGUCAGUUUGUUCACAACAGUAUUUGGACUGACGUCUCAGAUGUUAAAGUCUCCAGAGUGGGAGUUUACCUGGACCACAGAGCAGGUCUUCUGUCCUUCUACAGAGUCUCUGACACCAUGACUCUGCUUCACACAGUCCAGACCACGUUCACUCAGACUCUCUAUGCUGGAGUCUGGCUUUGUUAUUCUUCACCUGGAGACACAGCAGAGUUCUGUAAACUCAAAUAGUCUGGAGUUCUUUCAGGAGCAGUGAGUUAAACUCUGAGUUUAACUUUUUAACUUCUCUGCGAACAAUAACAUCUUUUGACUUUUGAAUUUAAACUGUGAGCAACUUCAUUGACAACGUUUCUUUCAUUUGCUCAUUUCAGUUGUAAACUCUUGAAAAGCAAUUAAAAAAUAAAGAGUGAUGAGGCAGAGAAGAGAUUCCACCGCACCAUGCAUCGUAUGUGCUCGUAACCUCUCCAUGGUUCGGCGACUCUCCACUGCACAGGAAGUGCACAAGUCCAAGAGGAUGACGACAAUUUCACGCUUAUUUAUGAAGAUUGAUUUUUAUAUCACAGCUUCAUUUAUGUGAAAUAUAAAGUGUGUGAUGAUCAUUGUAACUGAUUCAUGGUUAAAUGUGUUUGAUUCAUGGUUAAUUGUAUUUGAUUCAUGGUCAAGUGUAUUUCAUUCAUGGUUAAGUGUAAUUGAUUAAUGGUUAAGUGUAUUUGAUUCAUGGUUAAUUGUAUUUGAUUCAUGGUCAAGUGUAUUUCAUUCAUGGUUAAGUGUAAUUGAUUAAUGGUUAAGUGUAUUUCAUUGAUGGUUAAUUGUAUUUGAUUCAUGGUCAAGUGUAUUUCAUUCAUGGUUAAGUGUAUUUCAUUCAUGGUUAAGUGUAAUUGAUUAAUGGUGAAGUGUGUUUGAUUCAUGGUUAAGUGUGUUUGAUUCAUGGUUAAUUGUAUUUGAUUCAUGGUUAAGUGUAAUUGAUUAAUGGUUAAGUGUAAUUGAUUCAUGGUUAAGUGUAACUGAUUCAUGGUUAAUUGUAUUUGAUUCAUGGUUAAGUGUAUUUGAUUCAUAGUUAAGUGUAACUGAUUCAUGGUUAAGUGUAUUUU